GUGAUGCUUCCAUCAAAGUCUGUGGACUUGCCUGCUCGCUUUACCCAAGUUGAUGUCACUUAUAGCAUCAGAAAGCAUUCGCUAGUGGGUGAAAAUGUUGUUGGGCGCUUCUUGCAUCACAUACCAUGGUAGCCAGCUGUGAAGCGACUACAAUGAAUGGACAGCUAGACUUGAGUGGGAAGCUGAUUAUUAAAGCACAGCUGGGAGAAGACAUUAGAAGAAUUCCCAUUCACAAUGAAGAUAUCACCUACGAUGAGCUAGUACUAAUGAUGCAGCGAGUUUUCCGAGGCAAACUUCAGAGCAAUGAUGAGGUCACCAUCAAGUAUAAGGACGAAGUUAAUGGCCAGCCAAGACCACUAGAAUCCAACCAAGUGAAGUAUCUGCGCCAGGAGUUGAUAGAGCUUCGUAACAAAGUGAAUCGACUGCUGGAUAGUUUAGAGCCUCCUGCUGAACCGGGUCUUUCUGCAACCAUCCUUGAAAAUGAUGCUGUUGAUGGAAAAGAAGAUAAAACUGCUGCUCCUGACUCAUCAGUUAAACAGUCAACCCAGGUUUAUUCAGCAAGUAUGUCUGCAUUUGAUCCAUUAAAAAACCCAGAUGAAAUCAACAAGAAUGUUAUCUCCUCCUUUGGGCUGACAGAGGACCAAGCAACAUGUCCUCCCACUGCUCCAGUAGAAGAACGUUCUGGCACACCAGACAGUAUUGCAUCCUCCUCUUCAGCAGCUCAUCAACCUGGUCAUCCCUCUCAGCAACCAGCAUAUGCCGGUGUCCCACCAUCAGGACAGAUAGAAGGUCAUCAAAUGUAUCCUCAGUUCCAGCAACAAGCUGUCUACUCCACUCAGCAGGCACAGACACAGCCUCAGCAACAGUAUGGUGCACAGUACUCUUCAGGCUAUAGCAAGCAGACAGCUCCCCAGCAGCAGCCGCAGCAGUUCCAGAGCUGUUACAACCAGCAGACACCACAAGUCACACAAGCUCCUGGGUUUGGCACGCAGCCUCCUCAGCAAUUCCAGACAGGAUCUUAUGCUGCACAGAAUUAUGCAACUCAGGCCUCACAACCUGCUAAUUACAUGCCCUCUGCAACUCAGACAGCAGUUGCUCCAAACCAGCCAGCAGGUUAUCAGCCCAGACCAGGCUAUACACCACCACCUGGCAGCACUGUGACACCCCCUUCCAGUGGUUCCAACCCAUAUGCACGCAACCGCCCUCAAUUUGGGCAGGGCUAUACCCAGCCAGGGCCUGGAUACCGGUAAGACAUUACUGUGCAAUGAAUAAAGCAGAGAAAUGCAAGGUACUGCAAAAUGCUUUCUUCAGCAUUGCAACGCCACAAAUAUGUUUUCUAAAUCCAUAUCCAACAUAACUUUAAAAAAAAAAAAGACCUAGAAUAAUCCUUGUCUCCUCAUUAUUGCUUUUACAUAAUGGUAAAAAAUAUAUACAUUUUGCUGCAGAAAGACCAAUUAUUUUUUUCUGCUUUGAAGUGUAUCAUCAUAGUCAAACUACCAGGAACACUAUUUUAAUGUGUGCUAAUUCUGAAAGUUCUAACCUGCCUUGUUUGUGAAAGGCACAGAUUUGUGUUAUAUUAGGUUUUCAUUUAAAUUUUGUUUGCUAUUAACACAGUAUAUUGAAUGAACUCCACAGACAGGCAUCACUAAAUGUCAUGUACAAAUUGUAAUAUUCUCAUGGGAAACUAAUAAAAAUGUUGAAAUUCUGA